AUGAGCCGGAGCGGCGGAGCCCGGCUGCCCGCGGCCGCGCUCACCGGCCCGGGACGCUUCCGCAUGGCCCGCGAGGAGCCGGCGCCGGCGGCGGUGGCGGCGGCCGGGCAGCCCGGGGGCGACAGGGGCGGCGAACGCGAGCGGGCGCUGCAGGGGCCGGGGGUCGCCCGCAGGGGGCGGCCGUCGCUGAGCCGCGCUAAACUGCACGGGCUGCGGCACAUGUGCGCCGGGCGCACGGCGGCGGGGGGCUCCUUCCAGCGGCGGGCGCUGUGGGUGCUGGCCUUCUGCACGUCCCUCGGCUUGCUGCUGUCCUGGUCCUCGAACCGCCUGCUCUACUGGCUCAGCUUCCCGUCGCACACGCGGGUGCACCGCGAGUGGAGCCGCCAGCUGCCCUUCCCCGCCGUCACCGUGUGCAACAACAACCCCCUGCGCUUCCCGCGCCUCUCCAAGGGGGACCUCUACUACGCCGGCCACUGGCUCGGGCUGCUGCUGCCCAACCGCACCGCACGCCCGCUGGUCAGCGAGCUGCUGCGGGGCGAUGAGCCGCGCCGCCAGUGGUUCCGCAAGCUGGCUGACUUCCGCCUCUUCCUGCCGCCGCGCCACUUCGAGGGCAUCAGCGCCGCCUUCAUGGACCGCCUGGGCCACCAGCUCGAGGACAUGCUGCUCUCCUGCAAGUACCGGGGCGAGCUCUGCGGGCCGCACAACUUCUCCUCUGUGUUUACAAAAUAUGGGAAGUGUUACAUGUUUAACUCAGGCGAGGAUGGCAAACCUCUGCUCACCACGGUCAAGGGCGGGACAGGCAACGGGCUGGAGAUCAUGCUGGACAUUCAGCAAGAUGAGUACCUGCCCAUCUGGGGAGAGACAGAGGAAACGACGUUUGAAGCAGGAGUGAAAGUUCAGAUCCACAGUCAGUCUGAGCCGCCUUUCAUCCAAGAGCUGGGCUUUGGGGUGGCUCCAGGGUUCCAGACUUUCGUGGCCACCCAGGAGCAGAGGCUCACAUACCUGCCCCCACCGUGGGGUGAGUGCCGAUCCUCAGAGAUGGGACUCGACUUCUUUCCUGUUUACAGCAUCACCGCCUGUCGGAUCGACUGUGAGACGCGCUACAUCGUGGAGAAUUGCAACUGUCGUAUGGUGCACAUGCCAGGGGAUGCCCCUUUCUGUACUCCUGAGCAGCACAAGGAGUGCGCAGAGCCUGCCCUAGGUCUGCUGGCGGAGAAGGACAGUAAUUACUGUCUCUGCAGGACACCCUGCAACCUGACCCGCUACAACAAAGAGCUGUCCAUGGUGAAGAUCCCCAGCAAGACGUCAGCCAAGUACCUCGAGAAGAAAUUCAACAAAUCAGAAAAAUAUAUCUCAGAGAACAUCCUCGUUCUGGAUAUAUUUUUUGAAGCGCUCAAUUAUGAGACGAUUGAACAGAAGAAGGCAUAUGAAGUUGCUGCCUUACUCGGUGAUAUUGGUGGUCAGAUGGGACUGUUUAUUGGUGCUAGUAUCCUUACAAUACUAGAGCUCUUUGAUUAUAUUUACGAGCUGAUCAAAGAGAAGCUCUUAGACUUGCUUGGUAAAGAAGAGGACGAAGGGAGCCACGACGAGAAUGUGAGCACUUGUGACACGAUGCCAAACCACUCUGAAACCAUCAGCCACACUGUGAAUGUGCCCCUGCAGACGGCCCUGGGGACCUUGGAGGAGAUUGCCUGCUGACAGCCCAUGGACCACCCGGCACACUCCCAAACAGACCUUGAGGCCCAAGACCCAGGACAGGGGACAGCAGACUCAGGUGGGAUGGCCCCUGAUGACAGAAGGAAGCAAGAGCCCCCUAUGCACACAUAGCAAACUAUCUGCCAAAACCUCGCUGUGGCCACGUCUGACACGACGCGUCCUCGGGCCCCGCCGUGCGUCCCUCUUAGGAGAAAAGAGUCACACUCUGGAACUGUCCGAGAACCAACCUGCCAUCACAUCUCACUGCCAGAUGUAUAAAGCACCUGCAUGCUGAGACUGCUCGUGGCGCCACCCCCUCGUCCGUCUCUGUUCAUGACUCUCCUCCGUGCGCUUUCCGCCGGCCACUCUGCAGUCCUGCAGUGGGACCAGGAUCCAGCCCCAGAGCCACUCCGUGGCCACGCUGGAAUCGCGACGGCACGGUCAAGAGGAAAAGCUCAGAACUCUCAGCCACGUCCGGUCCCUGUGUAGUUUGUGAAGGUUCUUAACCUGCCCACAAACCCCUUUUCCCGAGCCGGCCUGUGGGCUGACCGGGGCCACUCCCACCCCCGUCCCAGCGCCUGGUGGAGGCAGGGCGGCCUGGGCGACUCCAGCGCUCAUCCAGGGGACCUGCGUCAUCCUGCUGUCCUCGUGACCCGGCUUGUACAGUCCAAUUCUGUUUCUCUGGGGGUGGGGGGCUUGUUUUGUCUGUCUGUCAGAGAUCCGUUUUGUUUUGUUUCAUUCUCCAGAUUUCAGUUUUGAUGUUCUGAGGUUUGGUUUGAUUUGGUUUCUCCAUUUUCUCUGGCGUUUAUUUAUUCGUGCUUCCGGUCACAGUCAUAUUAAAAGCUGGUCUUGUGGAAA